AUGUCGGAGCAUAAGAAGGAUACUACAGGCAACGCAAAUUGGGAUGAUGAUGACUACGUUGCCCAACUCCUUGCUAAGGAUGCGCGAGACUGCUCACUAAGAUACUCUGCUCUCGGGGUAUACGGCCCAUCGAAACGCGGUGCUCCCAAACCAAAUACACGGUUUUUAAAGCAUAUUAUUCGUGAAACAGACAGCCACAAUGCGAAUUUGAAACGGAAAGAGGAGGAGGAGGCGAGGGAAAAAAUGAGAAACUUGAGGGAAGGGAGAGACAGACACCCUAGACCACCAAGGUCGGGGGAACGAAGUGAACGGGAACACAAACGGCGAAGAGUUGAAUCUCCUGACCGACGUGAGAAGAAAAGUGAAAAGCCUCGCGGCCGUGACCAGGGUAGAUCUCGUCAAACUCGAAAAACAGAAGACAAAUACACAUAUUCGGAUGAUGACUACAAUACACAGUCAAGAAGGCGAAAGCGAGACCAUCAGGGAGAUCGGUCGGACACGGAGGAUGUAUUGCGGGAAUCUGACGUUGGUCGACAUAACCGAAAAGAAGAAAGAGAUCGUCGCGGCCGGCAUCGUCGGAAGCAUGAAUGCUCGAAAUAUGGAUUUGAACAUGCGGAGAAAACCGAUGACAAGGGUGCUUCUCACCACAAUACCCACACUGACAUGGGCCGGAGUCCUCCGCCGUCACCCCCGGCCCAAACACAUGCAGAAGAGAGUCAAAGCAGGCCUCUUCCACCAGGAGAGAGAGAAAAUGAUAGUGCAUGCUCCUCAGAUCCGCUGAGCGAUAUUAUCGGUCCCGCCCCGCCGCCUACAACCUUUACAGGUAGCAAUCAACCCGUACGAUCUCGUGGCCGUGGAGCACACAAAACCACAAAUUUGAGUAAUAUUGACGCCCAUUUUUCGUCAAACUACGACCCCGCGUUAGAUUUACACCUUGAAGAUGACCAAGACUCCAAGUAUGAUCGCCCGCGGCACAUCCGCCCUGUGCCAGGUCUUUUAAACCCAAAGGAAACAGACAAACAUGUCGGCGAUGACUGGGAUAUGGCAUUAGAAGCAUUGCGGGAUCGUGCAUUGUGGAAGCGGAAGGGUGCGGAAAGCUUACGACGGGCUGGAUUUGAGGACAAGGUCAUUGAGAAAUGGGAAGCAAGCAAGCCCUUUGCAGGCCUAGACUCAAGUGAUAGCAGGGAUAUAGAGACCGUUAAGUGGGCUAAGAAAGGGGAGCGCAGGGAAUGGGACAGGGGCAAGGCCAUCGACGAGGAUGGCCAUAUCUCUGUCAAGGCCCCUUGGUAG